AUGCUUCCGGUUGGUAGAAAAGCUCAAAAACCAGAUGAAUUUGAUAACAAGUUUAAAGAAGGUGUUGUAAAAGCUAAGAAAAUCUGGGUACAUGAAAUGAAAGAUGAAAAUGAUAAAGCUAGAAGAUUUUCAAUUAUUAAAAAUACGAAUGUGGGGGCUGACAAUCUCUCUAGAGAUAUAGAUAUGGAGAGCUUGGAAUUGCAAAACAAUGUGGUGAAUCAAAUUAACGUUAUGGACAAAGGAGAAAUUCCAAUUAUUGUGAAGAGACCAAGAGGGAGAUCAAAAAAUGUUCCUAAAACAAUUCCUUUAAUAGUAAAAGAGGGAAAGAAGAGGGGUAGAAAAAAGGAAAGAAGAAAAAUUGGUACUUUGUGGUUUUAA